UUCUCUUCUCUGACUCUCUCUCUCUCUCAUAAAAAAAUUUUUCUUGUUUUGUUUCAAAUUAUAACCGACUCUUUUAUUUUCUUUUCUUUGUUGAUGACUAUUGAGAUGAUGGAGCAAGAAAAAGAAAAAGGAAUAAAAGGAAGGUUGUUAUGCCAUUAAUGGUGAAUUCAAUAACUCUCCUCAAAGUAGAACAAAAAGAGCAAGAAGAAGAAGAAGAAGCUUAGCUAUAGCUUGGCCUUGGCCUUGGCCUUGUUAUUUUCAUGGCUACCAGUAGAAGCAACAUGAAUCACUCCAUCCAACUAGACCAUCACCAUCAUCAUCAAAAUCAAGACCAUCAUCAAAGUCAUCAGAUUCCUUAUGCAAUGAUGCAAUCAUCUUCAUCAUCUUCCAUCCCUGCAAACUUCGUAAGCAAAGAAACUGGAGCUUACGAUUUAGGCGAAUUAGAUCAAGCCCUUUUUCUCUACCUUGAUGGACAAGACCCUUCCACUAUUCAAGACCAAAGACAUCAUAGCUCUGGAAUAAAGCCUCCUACUCUCAACAUUUUCCCUUCACAGCCUAUGCACGUUGAACCACCAUCAUCAACAAAAACAAGUAGAGGAUUAGUUUCUCCAUCAACUAGUGGUUCAAAAAGACCAUCAGAGCCGUCCAUGGAGUUGGCCAACCCCAGAACUGAUAAUAUUGCUUCAGCUUCUGCUCCAAAUCAGCCACCUAAAGCUGUCAAGCAGCGUGAGGGGAAUCGAAAAGGACCAACAACUUCAAGUUCAGAACAGGAAGGACCCAAAACACCAGACCCUAAGACACUGAGAAGACUUGCUCAGAAUAGAGAGGCAGCAAGGAAAAGCAGACUGAGAAAAAAGGCUUAUGUUCAGCAAUUAGAGUCAAGUAGGAUUAGGCUUACCCAACUGGAGCAAGAACUUCAAAGAGCCAGGGCUCAAGGCAUGUUUUUUGGUGGUGGUAAUAUGUUGGGAGGAGAACAAGGGCUUCCUGUUGGAAUUAACAACAUAAGCUCAGAGGCUGCAGUGUUUGACAUGGAGUAUGGAAGAUGGGUAGAAGAACACCAUCGACUGAUGUGUGAGCUACGAGCAGCGGUACAAGAGCACUUACCGGAGAACGAGCUCCGGAUGUACGUGGACAACUGCUUAGCACAUUUCGACGAGGUGAUGAACCUAAAAGGCAUGGCGGCCAAAACCGAUGUGUUUCACCUUGUGUCUGGCAUGUGGAAAACUCCCGCCGAACGCUGCUUCAUGUGGAUUGCUGGAUUUCGUCCCUCUCACCUCAUCAAGGUUAUAUUGAAUCAGAUAGAGCCAUUGACGGAACAACAGAUAAUGGGCAUAUGUGCAUUGCAGCAAUCCACACAAGAAGCUGAGGAAGCACUAUCACAAGGCUUGGAAGCUUUGAAUCAGUCUCUGUCUGAUAUCAUAAUCUCUGAUUCACUUAGCUGCCCGUCUAAUAUGAGUAACUACAUGGGCCAAAUGGCUAUCGCCAUCAACAAGCUCUCCACCCUUGAAGGUUUCGUUAGACAGGCAGAUAAUCUGAGGCACCAAGCCAUUCAUCGACUGCAUCAGAUAUUGACGAUCCGCCAAGCAGCAAGGUGUUUGUUGGCGAUAGCUGAGUACUUCCAUCGCCUAAGAGCUCUUAGCUCUCUGUGGUUGGCUCGACCUCGGCAGGAACAAUAGAAACCCUAGCUAGCUAGGCCUUUUUUAAGUUGACUUUGAUUAUUAAUGUCUUCUUUGAUAUUUUCAUCAAGAUUUCUACAUAUAUAGAUAGAAUAGAUUUGAAAAAGUUCAUAAUUAAAAGUGGGUAUAAGUUUCUCUCUCUCUAUA